AUGACAUCACCUACGCAGAAAAAUUUUGAAGCGACUUCCAGACUGCAAAUUAAAGAACAAACUAUUGAUGAGAUGUAUGGAAUACCAGAGAACUUUCUGGAAAUUGAAGUGCGGAAUCCCCAAACUCAAGUAACUAUUCCUCCUUUGCCAGGCAAGGUUUUUACCAAUCGAUUUUCCGAUGAGGUCAUUGAAGCUCGUUUUCUGUUUGGAAAUGUCGAUGAAGAAGGUCAUUUGGAAGAUUCAGGGCUUGGUGAGGAAAUCCGUGAAUCUUUGCAAAAAGGUGCUGAAGAAGGUGCUGUGCUAAGUCAGAUUUUCUCGGUCCGUUCACUGGGAAUUGAAAUUGACGAUGCCGCUGGUGAAAGUGAGGCAUCUGCACAUACACCAACAUAUGCACCAGGAGAGUCUAGCACUAAACAUGCUGAUGGCGCUGUUGACUACUCUGAGUCUAUGGAGGUUUACACGGAUGAUCCAGGUGAACUGGUGUUUACAGAAACACACUAUCAACAAGGCUUAAACCGUGUCAAAGAGAGUAUGCAAACAUUGGGCUUACCGCCUCAGCAAGCUUUCAAUUUUGAUGAAACAAGCUGCUAUAAAACUGAAGAUAUUCAUAUGCAUGGAGUAUCAGGUCUUCCUAAAAAUGGAUUGGAAUUUCACACUCACUCUCAGCAUAAUGUAGGAAUACCGAUGGCUGGUGCGCAACCAUCUACAAACGAAAUGUUUGACAUAACAACUUUGUAUCCUGCGUUCGAAAAGGACAAGAUCUUAAAAUUUUCAGAUUUAUUUGCAACAAAAAUUAAAAACCGAAAGUUGAACCCUUUGAGCAGACAUGAUGAGACACAACUACAAUUUAAUUUUGAGGUAGAUGAUAGAAAACUAUUUGAAUCAUCUCAGCAACUCCUUAUUGAGGAACCAUGCCUCGAUGACAACGUUGAAAAUAAAGCUAUUAUCAAGACACCUACUUCACCUAUGAGUCAAAUUUCAGAAAGCAAUUAUGAGAACGAUGAUGUUGAUUUCAAGCUUGAUGAUGAUGUUAGACAAUCAUUUUGGAAAGUUCCUGGUAAUCCCAAUACUUAUUAUUCCAUUACAAUGAGCACAUGGGAAGAUAAAAUUUCAUGGGAUAGUGACGGUGACGAAGUUGGCGACGAAUCUGCUAGUUUAAUUAUGAUAAACAUUAAACAGUCCAACAUGCCUUUCAGUUAUCGAAAUACUGAGUUCGAAAGUGGAGAGUGGCUUAACUCUAUAAUAUGGGACGAUCAUAAAGGCUUGGCUCCUUUUGUCAAAUUAACAUUAGAUAUGAAUGAUCCGAAUAUGCUUUUCAAUUAUUCUAUUAUUGACUUACCAACGAUAAAUAAUCCUGAUUCACAAGACGCAGGAUACAAGCCAUCAACCAAUGAAGAUGAUGACAGCGGUAGCAAGGCAAAAAAUGACGAUGAUGAUGCACAGGAUGAUUCUAAGCUUGCCCUGGAAGAAUCCAAACUACCGAUUGAACAACAAUUAGCACCUUGGAUAACUACGCGGAAUUUUUUGAAUGCCACGCAAACAAAUGCUAUGCUGAAAUUACAUGGCGAAGGUGAUCCAACAGGAAGAGGCGAAGGCUUCAGCUUCAUUAGAAUCUCUAUGAAAGAUAUUUUUCUGAAGGCCGGUGAAACCGCCCAAGAAAAACUUGCGGAAAUUGUUAAUAAGCCUAAAAGUGGUCACAAAUAUAAUGUUGUAGAACAAUGGAAAAGAUACGGUCAAGAGUUCUCCUCACUUAGCAAACGUGAUGAAAUAACAUCUGAUACGGAAUUAGAGAGGCAUGAUGAUUCUCGUAUUACCGAAUCUGGACAGUAUAUGCAAGAACAAUUUAUGGACAAUGACGACAAUCAGAUGGAUAUUGAUGCUGAAAUUCAAGAAAUGAUCGAUUCAACCAUGCCUAAUAAUGAAAUGUCACCUUCACCGGCUUUAGCAGAUUUUGAAGAUGUAGCUUCUCCUGACG